AUGAAUGGUGUAUUACGUUUUGGCAAGGCUGGCAAACUUAGUCCCCAUUACAUUAGUGUUUUUGAGAUUGUGGAAAGGAUUGGGAACAUGGCUUACAAAUUGGCUUUGCCAGCUAAUAUGUAUGCUCAACACAAUGUGUUUCUUAUUUCUUCCCAAAGGAAAUUUAUAUUAUAUGUUCAUUCUAAAAUCAUAAUGGAACCUGUGGAGAUACAACUAGAACUUACUUAUGUUGAAGAACAUGACCAUAUUUUUGAAUUUAGUGUGAAGCAACUCAGAAGCAGAGACAUACAGUUUAUCAAGGUCCUAUGGAAGCAUGGGUAUGAGAAGGAAAUUACAAGGGAGAAAUAA